AUGGCAGCGAUCGCAGCAGAAGGCACAGAGACUCCAGCUUGUGGACAGCCGAAAGAUUCAGACGCAGCUCUGGCAAACGCUUUGGGGCAUCCACUGUGUGAGGCACUCGAUGCCGCAAAUGAGUGCUACGAUUCGAUUAUGGACUCGAAACCGGGUCGCGGCACGCUCUCGAAACAGGAGCGUCGUCGUUGCAUGGAUGCAUGGUUUAUGAAGAAACCGUCCGGGCCGGAGUUCUGGACGAAGGCAGGCUUCACUCAGCUCUGCAAAAGUGCAUUGCCCGAAGGCUACCGUAUACAUCGGGAAGCUCUUAAAGUUUUAGAUCCAGCUGCAACUGCCGCUAUGGCGCAGGCGUGGUGCGAUGAAAAGGGCGAAAAGGGGAUUAAGUUGUCGAUAAUCGACAUCAUCCCCCAGGACCUCCAGGAAGCCUUGGAGCUACUUCAGCGCCAGAAGAUCCACAGCUUAACCCGCUUGGCGAAGCUCACCGAUGCUCAGUGGCAACGCCUGAACCUCGCUUUGGGCAUUGAGGCGCUGCUACGCGAGGCGGCAGAAGCCCAGCUGGCAGGCGGGGCACCGGAGGCCGCACGCGCGCGCGCUCUUGUGGAGGAUGGAGGCAAAGCUCCUGUGCGGCUCCUGUCAGGGCUGGGACGGUGGGGGGAGGAUGCCUUGGGGCGAAGUGCCGGCCUUGACCCGUAUGGAUUGCCCAUCUCCCCGCCCAGGAAUCGAGGUGGAGAGUUCGGAGGGUGCUGCUUUGCGCAGAACAUCUCUUUAGGUCUUUGUGGCUGGCAUUUUUGUCACAUUACUGCGGAGUAUAUCAUCUUUGUGCUGUUGUCCGUUUUCGCUUCUGCGGGCGAAGACGGCGCAGACUUGACCCUCGUGGCACUGGUGGUGAGCAAAAAAGAAGAUCGACGCCACGAAGCUUGCUGGGACAACGUCCACACCUUUGAGCGGUGCUGUGGGGAGGACUGUUUGGAUUCGCUGUCCUUCAACGUGGAGCGCUGCUGCGAUUUGGUGCAGAGCGAGACGGGCGACCAGGCAUGCUGGCAAGGAACACAUCACAGCUUUGAGCACUGCUGCCAGCCACGUGCGGGCGAAGCGGGUGCCAGUGCUUAUGAGGGGCUACCCAGCUUGCCAGAGUUCGGGGAAGGCUGCUGGGAUGCGGAGCAGCUCAUCACCUUUGCGCGCUGCUGUGGGACACCAGGGGUGAAGGACUACUGCUUUGUGGGUGAAUAUACCUAUGGCAGAUGCUGCACUGGCCUGCACCCCAUUCCCAGGAGCUUUUUGGACGUGCCAUUGGAACACGAACUUGUGAGAUGCUUGCGGGAAGCGAGAGAUGGCGGCAUCAGCAGCAAUGGAAGCUACGAGGAAUGCAACGGACGGUACUUCCACGUCUCGGCGGUGCUGUACCGCUAUGCCGAGUUCGAAGUGAUGCAUGACUUCUGGUGGCAACGUCCGCAGGACCCCCAGGAACUCAAGAAGGAAGAAAUCUUCAGCGCGAAAGGGCGCCGCGUGACCGCGCCGGAGUGGCUGCACCAUUCCGGGUCGAUUUGCGCUCCCCAGAGCUGCAGUGAGGAGGCGAUGGCUGGAUGGUUCGCGCCACUGGUGGACGUGGGGCAACAUUACAUUUGGCCCAAGUACCGCCAGCUCAACGACACUCACAUGCGAGUCUCGCCCUUGAAUGCAAGGAAGCGGCCCUAUCCCAAAUUUGAAGGUUCCUGGCUCUCAUAUCGACCUGCAGCAGAUGCCUUGCUCAGGCAGCAGCAGAAGUUGCAGAACUACUUCGAGUUCGUGCUCACUGAACAUAAGACUUUGAGGCAGCUGCGCCUGAGCCGUCAAAGCUGUGGCGUACUGCUGGCGCUCACGUUGCCAAUUCUCACCGCAAGUGUCCUGUUAGCUUUGGGUGUGCAGGCUGCCAAACCCUUGGCGCUUCAAAGCAGCGUAAUGCGACUGGGCAUGCCACGACCUCUAUGCUUUGACGUGUUCCGGAUCAUCACGAGCAUCUUCAUCGUUGCGGUGCACGUGAAGGAUCAUUAUUCGUUUCCAGAUCUGAAGGAUGACAGUGACAACAGGAUCUACAACUACGUCAUCUCUGCGGUCGAGGCCACACCAGUGAACUCUCUCGCUGUGAUGCUGCUGGUUCUCUUGGAACUCCGGCACUUGGAUGCCAUCGGUAGCGCCCGUUUGGCUGUUUCGGGGCCGCUCUCUUACCUGCGAGAGCUCACCAAGCACCUGCUGCGACGAUGGGUCUUGAUCAUGUCCAUCGUUGGCAUUUGGCUCUACUUCUACAUCGCAGUCUUCAUACAGGAAGUUGAAAUCCCAAACAUAGGAAAGAGCAAGUUUUUGUACAUUUGGUUCUGGCGCAAUCGCAUCUCCUGCCAGCGUCCAGUGCAUUUGCUUCCCACCGUGCUCUUGCUUCACGAGGCAGCGCAUGCCUAUGAGACGCCGUGCCACAACUUGAACAUUUUCGAGGCCUACCGCAUUGCCGUGUUCAACUAUCCUUCGAUGGGUGGUUCAGGUGUAGGAGAUUGUGGUGAUGAGACGGUGAACCUCAGGAGCAUCGUGCACAACUCGCUGGUCAGUACAGGUGCUGAAAUCGAGGAAAGUAUCACAAGCUUUUCCCAAAGCGGCUUUGAUAGCCUCCUUUAUGCGUGCAACGUCUUCAUCAUGCCGGAGAUGGAGAGUUCCAGUCCAGAUCCGGCAGACACGAGCUUCUUUCCGGCAUCCGCCCAAGUGAGCUUGCUUCAGUGGGUGGAAGCGGGUGGGAUGCUGAUCUCGUUCUAUGGAGGAAGCAAGACGGACACCUUCUUGAAUUUGAUCUUGGGCACGGAUUUUGCCCGUCCUUCUUCUUCGUCUUCUCCGUGGAGUAACACCGGCCAGUACACCUUUGGGAGCACCGUGGCCAGCAGCCUGGCAAGUCCCAGUGCGACCAGCAGCUGGGACCUCAGCACCAGUGGGGCCAGUCCCAUCUACGGAAACACGUCUGACGCCGUAGUCUUUCGCUACAGUCGGGUCAGUGGCGUGGUCUGGGGCCUUGGUUGGGAUUUCUAUGAUUCAGGCUCAGCAAAAGACUUUGGGACUGAAGGGAGCCACCCUGAUUGUACAGCAAAGGACAAUGACUUUGUUACUGUGUUCACCACUGUUCUCCAUGAUUUUUCAUCGAGUGCUGUGACCAUAGUUUCAACAACAAGCAUCACAACCCUAACGACGACAACACUCACCACUUUAACCAGUACUAGCACCCGUUCUGGCACUACAAGCACCAGUUCCAGUACGAGUAGCAGUACUACAAGUAGCAAGACUACGAGCAGCAGUACUACAAGUAGCACCACUACGAGCAGCAGUACUACAAGCAGCACCACUACGAGUAGCAGUACUACAAGCAGCAGUACCACGAGCAGCAGCACGAGCUCCAGGUCCACCAGUUCAACUUCGACUAGUACCACCACAAGCACCAGCAGCAGUUCCACCACUAGUUCAAGUUCAAGCAGCACCACAACUUCCAGCACCAGCACAAGUUCCAUCAGCAGUUCAAGCACGAGUAGCACUUCCACAAGCAGCUCAACAAGCUUCAGCACCAGCACAAGUAGUAGCACGAGCACUAGCACCAGUUCAACUACCACCAGUUCUACGACCAGCACCAGCACACUGUCCAGCAGUAGCACUACAAGCACAAGCUCAGAUACUAGCAGCAGCUCAUCCACCUCAACUACCAGCACAAGCACAAGCUCUAGCAGUACUAGCACAAGCUCAAGCACAAGUAGCCAUACAAGUGCCACGAGCUCAAGCACCAGCUGGACCACACUCACCAGAAGCAGUAGUUCCACCACAAGCUCCAGCAGUUCAAGCUCCAGCACCAGCAGCACUAUGUCGACCUCGGAAGCCAAGCCCAUCAGUGCUGCUCAGCUAGAAGAGAUGGAAGCUCAACGGAAAGAAGAAGCCGCUGCAGCGGUUCAAAAGGUGGAGGCUGCUGAAGAGGCUGCAGUUGCCUCUGCUCUCAACCAGCUCUUUGACCAACCCCGUGAUCCUAGUGCGCCACCGGGCAUGCUGGGAGCGACGACCGUGAAGACUGAGACAGGACCCGUGAAGGUCGCGGCGUUCUCACCGGAGGCAUUGGCUAGAGCUGGGGGUGUGGCGCGUGUGGGAUCUGGCAGGAAUGGAGAAGAGUCAGCAGCGGAGCUGGAGGUGAGUUCUGACCUCUUGGCAGAAGCAGCUGCCUCCUCUGGCAUCAGUGGUCCUAUCCUGCUGAGUAUGGGAAGCUUGAACGAUCAAGCCGUAGCAAACCUGAAGACAGAUCAUCCCUUAGCCCAAGGACGGCGCUUGGCUUCUGCUUUGAAAUCGCAAGCUGUGAGCAUCAACUUUCGUGAUGAGACUGGGAAGAAGAUCUCGGUGAAAAAUCUUCAAACGCCCAUGAAAAUCAUCCUCAAGGUCCAAGAUGCUAGUGCGCGCUGCGCCUAUUGGGAUGAAGUGAACAGCCAGUGGUCCGAAGAGGGAGUCACCACUUCAGAUGAGGUCGCUCCGGAGUCUUCCAUCAUUUGCCUGACCACUCAUCUCUCCCUCUUUGGAGGUGUUGUUAACGCUGUGGUGAGAAACGUUGCCCUCGCCCUCGAGUGCAGCACCCUAUCAAGUGUCAUGGAUGACGCCGCCUUUCAGAAGCUCUUUGAUGGGGAAUGGCUUGCGAAACCGCAAUCAGUCGUCAGCAUCCUCUUUAUGAUCAUUUCUAUCGCGUCCGUCCUGGUUGCUUUGAGGUGUGACCACCAAUCAGAGCAGCUCCUACCCUCACAAGACCGAGAAGAGAUGCUGAUGCGUGUGAAAGCAGGGCAGAGCGAGGAGGAGGAAGCAGGAGCCGAACCUGAAGCAAGCUUGCAGCAGACGCUCUUUCAGCAGGUCCGAUCUGCUGCAGAGCAAGUUUUGGAUUUCCUGGCACAAGCAAGUGGAGGGAAUGGCUUCUUAGAGGCGGUGAAGGAGGGCGUGGCCAAUGCGCAGACGGCCGCUGUGAACCGUGGGCUCAGUACUCUUCAAGCCUUCAGGAGUCGGACGGACCAAGCCAGCAUGAACAUCGUCCAUCUCCACGGCGAGAGCCAAAAGGAUCCGCCCAGUGACGUUCAGCAUGCAAAUAUGGCCAUCCCCCGCCUAGAUGCGCACAAUAUGGCCUCCAGGCUUUGCCAACUUGGCCCGCCACCAGAAGCAAGUCUUGGAUUGCCAGAGGAGCCUGGAGGCAGGGUGUUGCCAGCCCAUCACCAAGUCGCCCAGCGGUUCCUCCUUCGGAAGCUCCGAUCGGAGCUGUGA